ACGGUCUCUCCGUCAGAGGGCAACUUACUGCCCUCUGCCUCUCUCCCUCGUGCUCUACUCAGUCCUCCCAGACUCGAUUCAGCAACGAGGAAGCGCCGCGCGCAGUCUCAGCUACUGGCCGACCGUGCCUUCGGCCAGCGAGCGGAUUUGCGCUCGCGCCCCUAAUACUUUAUCGCCCUGCGCGCUUUCAACCAGCCCACCGCGCGCAGAUGUAAGACAUCGGAGCUUUUCAGCGGGAGAAGACUUGCUGUAGUUAUUUCAGCUCCAUGGAGGACCGCUACUCCCCGGAAAACGAGAGGAUGGAAGCGUGGCUGGACGACCACUUGGAGUUCACCCACUCAUACUUUGUCAAGAAGGCAUCAAGGGAGAUGGUGAAUGCCUGGUUUGCUGAGCGUGCUCAUACCAUCCAGCCAUCUGUCCCUAAAGAAAACUGUUCCCAGCAGCGUACCCAGCAGUCCUCCUCAGAUCUUUGCCCCUCUUCUAACUCCACCAUCCUCCCUUCAGGCCUCACCCUCCUGGACAACCGCUGCCCGUCCCCUGCCACUGUACCGAGCCCAGCUCCUGGUACCCCAACUCGCAAAAUCUCAGCUUCAGAGUUUGACCGCCCACUAAGACCCAUUGUGGUCAAAGACUCUGAGGGGUCCCUCACAUUUCUGAGUGACUCGGAACGGGAACCCGUCCCUUUCUGUGGUUCGGUGAUGGGAGAGGGUGGUGGUGAUGAUGGGAGUGGCAGGGAAGUUGACCGCUGCACCAGGCUGCUGGAGCUCGUAAAGGAAGUAUCAAGUUAUCUGGAUGUGACUGCGCUCUGCCAUAAGAUCUUCCUACACAUCAAUGAGCUGAUCACUGCAGACCGAUACUCACUCUUUCUGGUGGGUGAAGACAGCUCCAACAGGAAGUUUUUGGUCAGCCGGCUGUUUGAUGUUGCUGAAGGAUCCACAUUGGAAGAAUCAUCCACCAGCUGCAUUCGACUAGAGUGGAACAAGGGGAUAGUGGGGCACGUAGCUUCCACAGGACAGCUGCUCAAUAUCAAGAAUGCUUAUGAGGACCCAAGAUUCAACGCAGAAGUUGACCUGAUCACAGGCUACAAAACCCAAAGUAUCCUUUGUCUACCCAUCAAGAAUCACAGAGAAGAGGUUGUUGGAGUGGUUCAGGCUAUUAACAAGAAAUGUGGAGAGAACAGUGCCUUCACUGAACAGGAUGAAAAGGAUUUUUCAGCCUAUCUAGCCUUUUCAGGCAUAGUUCUGCACAAUGCACAGCUGUACGAGACCUCGCAGUUGGAAAACAGACGCAAUCAGGUGCUGUUGGAUCUGGCCAGACUGAUCUUUGAAGAGCAGCAGUGUUUGGAGGUUGUGCUGCGGAAGAUUGCUGGAACCAUCCUGUCCUUCAUGCAGGCUCAGGCCUGCACUGUUUUCAUUGCUGAUGACGACUCAAUGAAUUCCUUCUCCAGUGUAUUUCACAUGGAACAUGAGGAGCUGAGGGAAGUCCUACAUACUCCCAAAAGAGACUGUGAUGUCAGUCAGAUAAACUACAUGUACGCUCAGUAUGUUAGAAACACCAUGCAACCUCUCAACAUCACCGAUGUCACCAAGGACCUGCGCUUCCCUUGGACAUGUGAGAGCCCUGAUUGCUCCAGCAGUCGGAUAAAAAGUUUGCUCUGCACUCCAAUCAGAAAUGGCAAGAAAGACAAAGUCAUAGGUGUGUGCCAGUUGGUGAACAAAACGGACGAAGCGUCAAGCACCGUCAAGACCUUCAACAGAAACGAUGAGCAGUUCUUGGAAGCGUUUGCCAUCUUCUGUGGCCUUGGCAUUCAGAACACACAGAUGUAUGAGACUGUGGAGAGAGCCAUGGCCAAACAGGAGGUCACUCUGGAGGUUUUAUCAUAUCAUGCCUCUGCCACUGAGGAGGAAACCCGGGAACUUCAGGUGACCACAGUUCCUUCGGCACAGUCGUUGCAUCUGCUGGACUUCAGUUUCAGUGAUUUCGACUUGUCAGACACUGAAACCACCCUGGCUACUAUCCGCAUGUUUAUUGACCUCAAACUGAUCCAGAACUUCCAGAUGAAGUACACGGCCUUGUGCCAGUGGGUUCUGAGUGUCAGGAAGAACUACAGGAAGAGUGUGGCCUAUCACAACUGGAGACAUGCACUCAACACAGCACAGUGCAUGUUUGCUCUGCUCAAGUCAGGACGCUUACAGAAUAACCUGAAUGAUGUGGAGAUCUUGGCCCUGAUGAUUGCAACUCUCUGCCAUGACUUGGACCACAGGGGAGUCAACAACUCCUACAUACAGAGGAGUGAUCACCCAUUGGCCCAGCUGUACUGUCACUCUACAAUGGAGCAUCACCACUUUGACCAGUGCCUCAUGAUCCUCAAUAGCCCUGGAAACCAGAUCCUCAGUGGUCUCUCUUUGUCAGAGUACAAGACCACUCUGAAGAUGAUUGAGCAGGCAAUACUGGCUACGGACCUCGCCCUGUAUAUGAAAGGACGAGAAGAGUUCUUUGAGCUGACCAAGAACAACCAGUUUGUUUGGGAGGAUGACCAUCACAGGGACCUGCUCAGGUCAAUGCUGAUGACUGCGUGUGACGUCUCUGCCAUCACUAAACCCUGGCCGGUUCAAAAAAGGGUAAAAAACAACAAUCAUCUACUCAGAUUUACCUUUGUCUCUUUGUUGUGUUUUAUUUUCUUUAGGUCACCUAACAUUAUUCUAACUGCUGCUUUCUGAAUGACAAUGGAUGAGUUAUUCUUUCUCAUCAUAAGCCUGAUAUUUAUUAUGGAAGCGCAUUGCUAUGACGGAGA